AUGCAGAAAGCCACUGCUGCUUCCCGACCGUCCAAGAAGGACACCGUCUUCACUCGCCGGCAGAUCGAGGGCCUGAUUGCGGAGGGCAAGCAUGUUCUCAUCUACGAAAGCCGCGUCCUCAAGGUAGAUGCCUGGCUGCCCUUCCAUCCCGGAGGAGACGUCUCGAUCAGGCACAUGGUGGGCAGGGAUGCGACGGACGAGAUCAAUGCGUUGCACUCAACAGAAGCUCGCCAGCGGAUGCCUUCAUACCAGAUCGGUUGGUUCGAGGGGACAUGGAUCAACUUCGUACCGCCCAUUCAAGGCGGCAAGUUCCGCCCAUACUCCGAGGAAACAUGCUCAAGCGAGGAGGACUUGACCAGCCCGGAGGGCUCCAGCGAGGAUGGAUCCCUGCCUCCCUCGCCCAUCUUUGAUCCAGUCGAUUCAAAAUCCACUGCCCGGCGGAGACAGCCUAUGUCGGACCCCUCGAGUUCGAGCUCGACACCUCCCAAUGAACCCUCCCAACCCAAGCCGUUCUUCUUGGACGCUCGAACCAAGGACGAAAUUGUUUUCGACACCGCCAAAUAUCCCUCUCUGGAUACCGCCAGCCAGGAGAACAUUAAACAGAAAUACCGCGAGCUCAACAUCCGCAUGCAGGAAGCCGGGCUCUACCAGUGCAACUACUUCUCCUACUUCAUCGAGUGCUGCCGCUACACGACCUUCGCCGCCCUGUUCUACAUCUUCCUGCGCAUGGGAUGGUGGGCAACGUCCGCAUUCUUCCUAGGCUGUCUCUGGCACCAGCUCGUCUUCACAGCUCAUGAUGCCGGCCACAUGGGCAUCACGCACAACUUCCACGUCGACACGGUGAUUGGCAUCCUCAUCGCCGACUUUAUCGGCGGCCUAAGUCUAGGCUGGUGGAAACGCAACCACAACGUCCACCACAUCGUGACCAACGAGCCCGAACAUGACCCGGACAUUCAGCACAUCCCCUUCUUUGCUGUCUCCCACCGCUUCCUCACCAGCCUGCGCAGCUCCUACUACGACCGCAUCAUGCCCCACGACGCCGCGACCAAAAUCCUCCUGCGAAUCCAGAACUGGUCCUACUAUCCGAUCAUGCUCUUCGCGCGAUUCAACCUCUAUGUUCUGAGCUGGGAGUUCCUCCUCAAACGGCAAGCCCCCAAACGAGGCCCUGCCUGGUGGCACAUCUGGCUCGAGGUAGCGGGCCAGUUCGUCUUCUGGACCUGGUUCGGCUACGGCGUGAUCUACCGAUCCAUUCCAGAUUGGAGCAGCCGGCUCACCUUCCUCCUCGUCUCGCACAUGGUCACCGGCCCGCUCCACGUCCAGCUCACCCUCUCGCACUUCUCCAUGUCCACCGCCGACCUGGGCGUGCACGAGUCCUUCCCGCAGAAAAUGCUGCGCACAACGUCGGACGUCGACUGUCCCGCCUGGCUGGACUUCAUCCACGGCGGUCUCCAGUUCCAGGCGAUCCACCAUCUCUACCCGCGCAUGCCUCGCCAUAACUUGCGCCAGGCGCAGAAGUAUAUUCUCGAGUUCUGUCGCGAAACUGGCAUUCCGUAUGCCACUUUCACGUUCUAUGACGGGAAUAAAGAGGUUAUUGGACGGCUGGCUGAUGUGGCGAAGCAGGUUCGCAUUUUGGAGGAGUGUCGCAGGUCGAUUGCUCAAGAGGGUGUCUUCACUGAUCAUCACCACUGA